AUGAUGAGUGCCAGCGUGUUCUUUAGUAAAUAUUUGGUGACAGAUCAGAUAUUUUAUAAAACAAAACAUUGUUAUGCUCUAGUCAACCUUAGACCAAUCGUACCAGGCCACAUUCUGAUUGUUCCCUUGAGAACUUCAUGCAUUCAUUUAAAGGAUCUCAAUGCUGAAGAACUGAGUGACUAUUUCAAAACUUUGCAAGUUGUACAGCAGUUUAUCCAAGAAGAAUACAGGGCAGAUUCUUUGAACAUCGCUAUUCAAGAUGGUCCGGAAGCAGGACAAACAGUUCCUCAUCUCCAUACCCAUGUAAUUCCGCGGUAUAAACUGAACAACAUAGGAGAUAAGAUUUACCAGAAAAUGGAUAACUGGACUUUUGACUCUGACUUGCAUGAUUGGGAGAAGAGACGAGCCGCAUAUAUAUCCAAUGAAGGGCGUGAGGCUACAAGGGAACUAGCAAAACCGGAUGAUCAGAAAGCAGAACGGACACCUGCAGACUUGAAACGUGAAGCAUUGUAUUUAGGGGAAAAACUCCAGCAGUUUUUAUCCAAAAACCCACACUUGGCACCCUAG